UAUAGUUGUUAAGACAUUAAAAGUAUUUAAUUAAGCAAAAUAGUACUAGAAAAGAGACAAACUUGCUUUAGGCAAAAGAAAAAAUAGACUUUCAUUUUUCUUGCAUCUUCCGCUCUCUACGCAUUUAUCACGCUGACGAAGUUGAAACAAGCAGCACAAGAAGAAGACGAAGCACGACGACUCUCUCGCUUCCAGAUUUCUUGAUCCGAUAUUUAUAUUCCCUCUGCCCUUGAAAUCAAAUCUCUUCUCGAAUUUGUGCUCUAGAAAUUAUAAUCUGGCAAUUUGAAGAUCUUGUGGGUCACGACACAAACUUAUAAGCAAGAGCUUAGCAUUUUCAUCAUCUGCUGAAGAACGUAUGGGAGAAACUGUUAAAGAGCGUGGUGAUGGAAGUGCAGAGCUGGUUAAAUCCGUAGCUGAUAAGCAUGCCGGUCUCGUGAGACCAGUUGCUAAAUAUUACUCUGCAGUUAAAGAUGCUAUGGUGUGUGGGAAAGGAAGAUAUACGCUUGUAAAAGACGUAGACGAGGUGGAAAAUGGAGUGUAUGACAAGCCUCUUCCAUGCUUUGGUUGUGGAAUCGGAUGGUUCUCCUUUCUCUUGGGUUUUGUGUUCCCUUUCUUAUGGUACUAUGCAACACUUUUAUAUUUCGGGAACUACUACCGCAAGGAUCCUAGAGAAAGAGCCGGCCUUGCUGCUUCCGCAAUCACUGCGAUGGGAUUCUCCCUCUUGCUACUAGUGAUUGUUGUUUUCUGGUGGCUCUAAUGGGUUCUCUGACUUAUACGCCAUAAUCUUGAGAUAUAUAUGAUGGAAAGUCUCAUCCUUGUCAAAGGAAAAAGGAGGGGACUUAGAUAUAUAUAUAAACCCUAUAUACACAGAUUAUAGUUAGACCUCUCUCAAGCUCUGUAUCAUUUUCUUCUCAAAAAUCUGCAGUGUGUACAAAGAACAGAAAAUACAAUAAUAAAUGAGUAAAUGGUUGUUUCUUUCUUGAGCUCGAAUGAAAUGUUUUUACAUUU